AUGAAUGGACUGCAUCAGCCGGUUGAUGAUGUCAAGCAGCAGCUCGCUGAGGUGAGGGCUGAGCGUAAUGUCUAUGCCAACCAGAUUGUGAGGACGACUAUGCAGUUUUCCAGCAUCAGUGAUCAGGAAUCUACACUGGCAGUCCCCAGCAACCGAGAGACCACCAAAAUUCCCGAUCCCCCAAUGUUCACGGACGGCAAGGAGCCCCAAUUUGAAAAUUGGUUGGUCCUGAUGUCCCGAAAACUCACUGGAAAUGCGGACCACUUUGAUACUCCCCAGCUCCGAAUGGCGUAUGUUGCUAGUCGC